AGCUGCCACAAGGAGGUAGGUGUCCGUCAACACGACCUUGAAGCACGUUUAUAAAAAAGCGUUAGUAUGAAAUAGAGAAGGUAGUUCGCAGCUUUGACCGCCGAACCUUUCAUCUCGUGACACAUCGCCUCGCUCAUGUCUAUCACCUCGACUCUACUUCGAUCUACAUCUCCGGACCGCACACGUCGUCUAGACCCCACACCUCCCCACCCCUAUCAUUAACCAUCCUGUAACGAGUCUUCGACAUGGACGACGAAACAUCGAUUCUCAAGGACCAGCUCUACGCCGCAUGUGAGGAUGCCUGCGGCGAAGAUCCCGAUAGACUAUUCUCCCAGGACGACUUGAUGGGCCUGGGCGUCGUCGCGCCUAAGGAUGUGAAGAAGCUGUUGCAAAUCAUCCAGCUGUUGACCAAGGAGCGCCUCUUUUCCCCCGUCCACUUCCACAGCGGACUGGCAUGGAGAAUCCGCCCCGAAGCCGAGGCAGCCAAGUACAAGCUUCUCGCUACCGAAGACCAGAUCCUAGCCUACGAGAUUAUCGAUUCAGCUGGCCCUGAGGGGGCGUGGCAGCAAGACAUUAAGAAGCGUCUCAACAUCCAGGAUAACGCGCUGCGGAAGGCUCUCAAAGAACUAGAGACGAAGCGCCUCGUGCGGCAGUUCACCAAUGUCGAAAAUGCUUCCAAGAAGAUGUGGAUCAAAUUCAGCUUGCAGCCCUCGGCCCGCGCUACGGGAGGUCCCUGGUAUACCGACCAAUAUCUCGACGAGGCCUUCAUCGAUGCUUUGCAAUCAGUAGUGCUAGGAAUUGUGAAGGAGAAGGGUAGCUACAAGAGCACUGGGGAACGGCACGCACGCGGCGUCAGCCCCGUCCUACCAAAGAAGGGUGUAAUAAAGGGUGGACUAUCGGAGGCUGCGAUCAAGAGUAAGAAGCGAUCCGCUGAUGCCAUAUCCAAAGACGAUGCUCUGGUGUCAACGUCGAAGAUCCGAAAGGCCGUCCGGCUACCCUUGCCUGCAGGUUACACCGGCUACCCAACUGUGCAAGAGAUAGCCGCGUCAAUCGAUCAAUUGCAAGUAGCAAAGGGCCAGCCGCUGGAGGCGAGCCACGUCCAGGAGCUAAUAGAUAUCCUCGUUUGGGAGAACAGGAUCGAGGAGGUUAAGAUGGGCGAUCGGGUCGGCUACCGGGCUGUGCGUAUUUCCAAACACAACCCAGAAGACACGCAGCUAGACAGCGAGGACUUCUGGGAUCCACAGACUAAUGGUUUAACCACUGUGCCUUGUGGCAAAUGCCCCGUCUUUGAACUCUGCGAGGAGGGUGGGCCUGUCUGGGCCGGCGGCUGCGAGUACUUCAACCAAUGGCUAUCGUAGCCUCUCCACGAUUCUACCUAGGUAACUGGCGUGAUAUCUUGCUAGGUAAAAAUCGUAUAACGUACCGACCUAUUUCACGGCUAUAGCGUAAUAGGAUGCGAUAUAUAAAUCAUUACAUGAUGCAGGAAAAUAGACACAUGUCAAGCUGCUGGUGUGCACAUCGUAGUAUCUCGAGAGUCACGUUCGAGUAGUAGUAGUAGACUAUGCCUAUACUCUUAAACGCCGCAGCGGCUGGCCCGAAAACUAAGAAAUUUAUUUCGUAGCUACCUAACGGUGUAACUGUUUUGCCAUUCCAGCCAGUUUAGUCCAGUUCAUCACAUUUCCUGCCCUUAUACAUCGGCUAAUAACAUCGCGGCCUGUGCGAAAUAGACUGCCGCACGCGCAGUAGGGAUAUGCAGGGUGCAAUGUUCCCUCAGAGUUGGCCGCAAUUGACGAUGGUAGGUCGCUUGGAAUAUUUGAUAGCACCGGCCUGAGAGCCAGUGGCCUCGAUGGCCUUGACAACGGCCCUCGAGCCGUCGUCUAAGACAAGACCGAAAGGGACGUGGCGGCCAUCGAGCCAGUUCGUCACGACGGUGGUGAUGAAGAAUUGGGAGCCGUUCGUGUUGGGGCCGGCGUUAGCCAUAGACAGCAUGUAUUUCUCCGAGU